GAAGCUGUACUGGACAGACGGGGACAACAUCAGCGUGGCCAACAUGGACGGCAGCAACCGCACGCUGCUCUUCACCAACCAGAAGGGACCCGUCGGCCUGGCCAUCGACUACCCGGAGAGCAAAUUGUACUGGAUCAGCUCUGGCAAUGGCACCAUCAACAGGUGUGACCUGGAUGGCAGCAACCUGGAGGUGAUCGAGUCUGUGCGGAGCCAGCUGAGCAAGGCCACGGCCCUGGCCAUCAUGGGGGACAAGCUGUGGUGGGCUGACCAGGCCUCCGAGAGGAUGGGCACCUGCAACAAGAAGGACGGGACGGAGGUGACGGUGCUGCGCAACAGCACCACGCUGGUGAUGCACAUGAAGGGGCUGGACAAGCCACGGGCCAUCACCGUCCAUCCAGAGAAGGGGUACCUGUUCUGGACGGAGUGGGGGCAGUACCCCCGCAUCGAGCGCUCGCGCCUGGACGGCACCGAGCGGAUGGUGCUGGUGAACAUCAGCAUCAGUUGGCCCAACGGGAUUUCCGUGGACUACGAGGAUGGAAAGCUGUACUGGUGCGAUGCCCGGACAGACAAGAUCGAACGGAUCGACCUGGAGACGGGGGAGAACCGGGAGGUUGUCCUGUCCAGCAACAACAUGGACAUGUUCUCCGUGUCGGUCUUCGAGGAGUACAUUUACUGGAGCGAUAGGACUCACGCCAACGGCUCCAUCAAAAGAGGCAACAAGGACAACGCCACCGAGUCGGUGUCCCUGCGCACUGGCAUCGGGGUGCAGCUCAAGGACAUCAAAGUCUUCAACCGGGCCCGGCAGAAGGGCUCGGUGGAGGGGCUGGCGUAUCACCGUGGCUGGGACACGCUGUACUGGACGAGCUACACCACGUCCACCAUCACCCGGCACACCGUGGACCAGAGUCGCGUCGGGGCCUUCGAGAGGGAGACGGUGAUCACCAUGUCGGGGGACGAUCACCCCCGCGCCUUCGUGCUGGACGAGUGCCAGAACCUCAUGUUCUGGACCAACUGGAACGAGCAGCACCCCAGCAUCAUGCGAGCCACCCUCUCUGGUGCCAACAUGCUCAUCAUCAUCGACCAGGACAUACGGACGCCCAACGGGCUGGCCAUCGACCACAAGGCCGAGAAGAUUUACUUCUCUGAUGCCACGCUGGACAAGAUCGAGCGCUGCGAGUACGACGGCUCCAACCGGCACGUGAUCCUGAAGUCGGAGCCCGUGCACCCCUUUGGCCUGGCCGUGUACGGCGAUUACAUCUUCUGGACGGACUGGGUGCGCCGGGCCGUGCAACGCGCCAACAAGUACGUGGGCACCGACAUGAAGCUGCUGCGCGUGGACAUCCCCCAGCAGCCCAUGGGCAUCAUCGCCGUGGCCAACGACACCGACAGCU